AUGAAGCUCUACACUGACGUUCUCACCGGCGACGAGAUGUGCUCGGACGGCUACGAGAUGAAGCUCGUCGACGACAUCGUCUACGAGGUCGACGCCGCCAAGAUCGUCGUCCAGGAGGGCGACGUCGACAUUGGCGGCAACCCCUCGGCCGAGGAGCAGGCCGAGGCGCUCGAGAACGGCGCCGAGCAGGUCAUCAACAUUGUCCACACCUUCCGCCUCCAGUCGACGUCGUUUGACAAGAAGAGCUACCUGACAUACCUCAAGGGCUACAUGAAGGCCGUCAAGGCCAAGCUCGAGCAGACCAACCCGGAGCGGGUCCCCGCCUUUGAGAAGGGCGCCGCCGCCUUUGCCAAGAAGAUUGUCGGCAGCUUUGGCGACUGGGAGUUCUUCACCGGCGAGUCGAUGGACCCCGAAGGCAUGAUUGCCCUCCUCAACUACCGCGAGGACGGCGUCACGCCCUACAUCGUUCUCUGGAAGGACGGCCUCAAGGAGAUGAAGAUCUAA